AUGACAAGGAAAUACGAGGCUAUGGAAAAAUUUAAGGUUAUUGUACUGGCAGGUACCGCAGGUACAGGAAAGUCAACCAUUGCGGGCGAACUAAUACAUGAGUUUAAGGAUGUAUACCCGGAUUUGAAAUUCAUUGAAGGCGAUGAUUUGCACCCACCUGCCAACGUAGAAAAGAUGACAAGAGGAAUUCCAUUAAAUGACGACGACCGUUGGGACUGGUUGAAAAAAGUUGCUGUAGAAUCCACGAAAGCUGCAGCAAGCACUAAGGAGCAUUUGUCAAUUGUUGCUUGUUCGAGCUUGAAGAAGAAGUACAGGGACUUGAUAAGACACACAUGCCCUGAAUCGGAGUUCCACUUUAUCUUUUUAUAUGCAAGUAAGAUAGAAGUUCUAAAAAGGCUCAAAACAAGGAAAGGUCAUUUUAUGAAAGCUGAUAUGAUGGAGUCUCAAUUCAGGGACCUGGAAUUACCUGACGUUAAUGAUGAAACCGACUGUGAUAUUGUUCCCUUAGAUUUCAAAACAUUCUAUCAAAUAGAAAAAGAUGUGAUACAGGUAGUAAAAAGCAAAGUUUUGAAGAUCGAGUAA